GCUUGGCGGGGUGGGAACCGGCAGAGCGUGAAGACACAGGGGUGCGUGCGACAGGAGAAGGGGAGGAUACUGAGACAAGCCGACAGUCAAUAUUUUUAAAGCCGAUAGAAAGAGAAGGUGAACAUCGUUGGCUGACAUACAGCAUCCGUAACUUUAUUGCGUUUGAAAACGCCAAACAAAUAAUCCACAGAACAGAAAAAAGAUAGAGGACCUCACAGGCGCGCGGAUUAAUUGGAAGCAGUUUUUGCCCCUCUGUUGUUCAGUCACUUAUUUGACAACUACCCUUAAGGAGACGAAACAAGUUGCCAUGGAAACUGUUCUGGUCUUCCUUUUUUCCCUCCUAGUCUAUGUGGCGGCCCUGUCUGACAGUGAUGCCGGAGAUGGAAAAGAAAAGGACCCAUUUGUAUACAACUAUGAGAGUUUAAGGAUUGGGGGUCUUGCAUUUGCCGUUGUCCUCUUUGCUCUUGGAGUGGUUCUCAUUCUUAGCCGCAGAUGCCGCUGCAGUAUCAACCAAAAGCCCAGUAUCAGAGCCCCAGGAGAUGAGGAGGCUCAAGCUGAAAACCCCAUGGUCUCCAAAGAUAAGGAGACCCCUAAAGCAGAGAACUAAAACCAUCCAGUGUCAUUGAACACAUAGCUGUGGCUGAACGACUUUACUGAUGUUGACCAUGAUGAUGAAGCUAAUCCAGACCAUGACUAUGAGAGGACCGUGAGGAGAUAAAGAUAUAGGGGGAGGAGGCUGUGAUUUGGGUUAUUAAUUGGCCAGUGUCUUGUACGUAGACCUCUAGUCCUGUCACGUGACCAGUAACCGUAUCCGUCUUUCUGUCCGUAGCCUUUUCCGACAGUUUGUCUUGAGUAAGUUGUUUAAGUAAAACUAGCCACUUCCUGUAGAUCAUUCUUUACCUUUUCGGCUCCUCCCCAGCUGAACCUGUGUGUGUCCUUUAAAGGGAUAGUUCACCCCAAAAUGACAUCAAAAUGUUUAUUUUGGAAGAUCUAUCCCUUUACCUAUUUCGUUUCAACAUAUUUAACAGCAACUGUUACUGUUAUCGGUGGUGUGACCACUUGUUAUUAUCAUUUGUGUCCCACCUGCUGUUUUCUCUCUUGUAGAUUGUAUAGAUUAUAUGCAGACAUAUUUAAAUUUACAUACGUAUUUAAUAUAAGUAUAAAUUCAUAUGUGAUGCAGAAAAUAUAUUUGAAUAUAUCAUGUAUGCAUAUGUGUGUGUGGGUGCGUGAUCCCACAUACGUGUGAAUCAGUGCGUGUGGGCUUUCUCCUCCUGACAAUCUUACCACCGCUGUACCCAGACCAAGCACAAAAACAGAACCGUAGCACCACUGUACCACAGGGGGCGCCAAUCCAUUGUCCUCUUAUCAGCUGCAACACUGCCGGCCUCUACGCCCUCAUUCGACCCACAGUAUAGGCUAAACGUCUGCUGUGUGAGAACAGACUCGGACAGCAUGACCGAAAGAGCAAUUCACCUCACCAUAGUGCCACUAAUCUGUGUCCUCUACCUUUUAUGAUCAUGUUUAUUGUAGAUUGUGCAUUUAAUGCCUUAAAGAGAUAGUUCGCCCCAAAAUGAAAUACAACGCUCAGCUUAAUGUCAUUCCAGAUUUAGAAAGAAAUGGGAUUCUUUUGUUGAAACACAAUCUAGAUAUUUAUCAGAAUGUCAAUGCAUGAAGAAUGCGAAAAGCCAUGUUUUGAAGGGAUAGUUUACCCAAUUUGUCAUUUCAAACCUGUAUGAUUUUCCUUCUUCCGCAGAACACAAAAGAAGAUAUUUUGAAGAAUGUUGUUAACCGCCGUCCAAUGACUUGCAUUGGUUUUGUGUUCAUACAAUAGAAGUGAAUGGGUGCUGGCACUGUUUGCUUACCAACCGAGCACAAAAGGAAAUAUUUUGAAGAAAGGAAUUCAUACAGGUUUGACAAGAGUGGAAGUAAAUGAUGACAGAAUUGUCAUUUUUGGGUGAACUUUAGCAAGAAAGUGAAUGGGGACUGGGUCUUUAAAGUGCCAAAACAUCCAUCUUCUGAAGCCACAUGACACAACGUUGGUUAGAUAUCCUUUGGCUUUUGGAUUAACAUGAGAAUGAGCACAUUUUUGUGUGAACUAGCGCUUUAAAAUCACUCAUUCACUACUGUUCCAUGAGACCAAAAUGUCGACCUAUUAGGAGAGCAACAUUUGCUUUUGUGUGUUUGUGUACUAGUGUGAAUGUGUGUUGUGCCACAAAUCACUUGUUGUGAUAAACUCAUGAGAGUUGUAGAAAUGUAGGUCAAUUUCUAAAGAAAGAUGUGUUCCACAGAAUAUUAAACACAUUUAUUCGACAGUCUAAUGUCACAGAUACUUUGCUAUUACAGACGAAUGUGAAACACGUUCGUCUCAUCUUUGUGCGGCCACUGUGUAUGGAUGCUCUUUGUGCUUCUAUAUAUAUAAAGUCUCUGUCUGACACAA